AUGAGCUUCCGGGGCAUUGACGACACGCGGGAGUUGGAAUCGCUGGCAGAGGAUCACGAGGCAGGCCACGAUGCGAAGACCAACGACCAGGUCAGCAACUUGAACGGUGAGUACCUCAACAUAUUUCUGCUGCUUGUGCUCUAUACCCUCCAGGGAAUUCCGAUGGGCCUAUCCGGCGUCGUGCCGUUGAUCCUCAAGGAGCAAAACGUGUCGUUUGCCGAAUUGGGGACCUUCUCUCUGAAUUCCUAUCCCUUCAGCCUAAAGCUGCUGUGGGCCCCGGUGGUGGAUGCGGUCUACUCCUCCAGACUCGGGAGAAGGAAGACGUGGCUUCUGCCGACGCAGCUGGCAAUAGGAUUCGUCAUGAUCGUGGUUUCGCAGCGUCUGGAUCAUCUGCUCUAUGCUGAACGGCCGAAUGUUGAAUCGCUCACGGUCCUUUUCUUCCUGCUGUAUUUCCUUUGCGCCACUCAGGACAUCGCCGUGGAUGGAUGGGCUCUGACGAUGCUGCGAAAGGAGAACGUGGGCUACGCUGCCACGACCAAUGCCAUGGGACAAACCCUUGGUUACGCCAUGGGCUUCACUGGCUUCAUGGCCCUGGAGCACUUCAAUCUGAUAACCCUGUCCGAAUUCAUGUUUCUAUGGGGAAUGGUUUUCAUAGUGGUGACGAUACUGGUUACCAUCCUGAAGUCUGAAGGUUCCAUGCUGUCAGAGGAGGAGCCGGAGAGCAUCGCGACAUCCUAUGCAAACAUGUUCAAGAUACUCCGCCUGCGACCCGUUCGUGUACUGCUGCUGCUUUUGCUUACAAUGAAGUUUCCUUUUGCUGUGGGCGACAGCAUUGCACCGCUAAAGCUGCAAGAGUAUGGAGUCAAGAAAGAGCACAUGGCUUACAUCGCAUCGGGUAUGAUGCCAGUGUAUAUCCUGCUCCCAGCAGUCGUCUCGCGUUGGACGACGAACUCCAUGCCGUGGGAUCUUAGCCUACAGGCAUACCCGUGGAGAAUUCUUCUAGUUCCUGUGACUGCCAUCGUGGUGUCUGCAACGCCGCCCAUCGCAGAUCGAAUUCCAUGGGCGUUCUAUGCUGUGGUCGUUGCAGCCUCCCUGUUUGCACAGGUUGCAAGUCAAUGCAUGUUUGUGUCGACCAUGGCAUUCUUUGCUCGGAUCAGUGAUCCUGCGAUGGGCGGAACCUACAUGACAAUGCUCAAUACAAUGAGCAAUCUGGGAGGCAUGUGGCCAGGCACCGUCACGCUGAAGCUGAUCGAUUUUACCACAUGUAUGUCGGACCGAUGUGUGGUCAAAGCUGACGGCUUCUACGUCAUGUCAGGAAUUAGUUUCAUCUACGGGAUUGGAUGGCCCGGGAAGCGAAAGCGAGGUUCCAAUACAACAGCGGUGCGUUGCAAGACGGAGGCUGUUGAUGCACGGCAGGUUGCUCAGCGCACACGAGCGAAGAGGGUAAAGGCCGAGCUGGUUUCUGCUGCUGAUGCGCAGCAGAUUGCCGAACUUUCCAGAGAGAAGCGUGCAAAGUCCGAGCCGGUUUCUGUGCAAGCCCAUGCCCGGACUGCGGUUGUCGCAAUAGACGAGUUCCGAGAGGCGUCUUCGUCACGUCGCCCUCAGAGAGCUCGACUUCCGGUGCUCCGCUCCUGGUGCAACGAGCGCGUGGUCUACGAGAGAUUGCCCGGAUCAAGCUUGCCGACGGUCAGCGCGUGUGAGUUUGUUCAGACGGCCAGUGUAAAGGCCAGCACCGCGAAGGAUCAACAAGUCAUGUCUCUCUACUGUGUGGCAACACCAUUCUUGAAAUGGCCAUGA